AUGGAAGCAGGUCGGAAGAUGGGCUCCCAAAGACACAAGAGGCUGGAUCUCAGUAUUCGAGCAGAUAGUGAAGAUCAGCUGGGAGGGCCUGGCAAGAACAAAGAUGGGACGCAUAGCUCAUAUGGAGAUUCUCGAGAAUCCCAAGGUCCAUUUCUGCGUGGCAUCGAACAAUGCUUGUCCAGCCUGAAAAAGCAGACGCAAAGACCAACAACCCCGAAAGAAGAUCAUGCUGACAACGGGCCCACGAUAGCGCAAACAGCGCUAGGAAAUCCGGAUAUAGUGGAGAAGAUCCUAUCAGACUGA